ACGAAAAGUGCAUUCGCUGAGACGUUCUAUCUUCCACCUGCAUAUACCGUCGACGCCUUUCCUUAAUUCCUACUUACUAAAUUGAAGUCUACAUCAAACAGAAAGAUGCAGGCUAUUUCCAGACAACUCCGCCCCAGUGGCGCUGUCCUGCGCCAGAUCUCGACGAGGACAUACAGCUCAUCGGCCAGCCCCUACGCAGCCACCAUCAACAACCUGAGGAUCAACAGCGACACCAAGGUCCUUUUCCAGGGCUUCACCGGAAAACAGGGAACUUUCCACGCACAACAAGCCAUUGACUAUGGCACCAAGGUUGUUGGUGGCACAAACCCCAAGAAGGCCGGCCAGACGCACCUCGACCUUCCCGUCUUUGCAAACGUUGCCGAUGGUGUCAAGCAGACUGGCGCAAAUGCCACCGCAAUCUUUGUGCCUCCUCCUUUGGCCGCCGCCGGCAUAGAAGAGGCCGUUGCUGCCGAGGUUCCUCUCGUGGUUUGCAUCACGGAAGGCAUUCCUCAACAUGACAUGGUUCGCAUCACCUCGAUCCUCAAGUCCCAGAGCAAGACGCGCCUCGUCGGCCCCAACUGCCCUGGUAUCAUCGCUCCUGGCCAGUGCAAGAUCGGUAUCAUGCCCGGUUUCAUCCACAAGCGCGGCCGCAUCGGUAUUGUCAGCAGAUCCGGCACCCUGACCUACGAGGCCGUCAACCAGACCACCCAGGCUGGUCUCGGCCAGUCGCUCGUCGUCGGUAUCGGUGGUGACCCCUUCAGCGGCACCAACUUCAUCGACUGCCUGAAGGUCUUCCUCCAGGAUGGCGAGACCGACGGUAUCAUCAUGAUUGGUGAGAUUGGUGGUUCCGCUGAAGAGGAGGCCGCCGACUUCCUGCGUGCCAACAACACCGUCAACGGAGGCAAGCCCGUCGUCUCCUUCAUUGCCGGUAUCUCGGCUCCCGCUGGCCGCCGCAUGGGUCACGCCGGUGCCAUUGUCUCGGGCGGCAAGGGUGGUGCCGACUCCAAGAUCAAGGCCCUCGAGGCUGCUGGCGUCAUUGUUGAGCCCUCUCCCGCUGGUCUGGGCAAGGCUCUCCGCGACGAGUUCGUCAGGCGUGAUCUGUUGUAAUAAUAUUUCUCUCGAUUCUUGAGAUUGCUCGGUGGAGGAAGAGGAAAAGCCGGUGAUUUGUGCAACAGCAUAGUAUUAUUAUUUUUUCCUUGUUUGUCAACUGGCGCACAAGCUGUGGAUAUAUUUGGCUUUCUACAAUAUCGCGUCAACUUUCGCAUUUGGGCAACUAACUUAGACGGCGGGAUUGAGCAACGGCAAAUUACUGAGGUAUACAACCAUUUCAACGCUACCAUUUCAUACUCUGCGACGGGGCACUAAUAUGUUAUCCAAGUCGUUUGCUUGUUGUGACGUCGGGUUUCCUUUGUCGAUAUUGCUCCCUGUUGGCAUUUGUUUCUUUCAUUGGGCUACUGCUCUCUCCUUUCCUGUGAUGUCAACUUGGGCGGUGUCAAGACUUGCUGAUUCCAUUCUGUUCUACGAUAUCCCUCACUUUCUCCGAUGUCAUUGUUUUGCGCUUUGUCUUCUGCACAAAUACCCUUCACAUUCCAAAGAUCAUUUUGCUUCUCCGAUCUGGCUGCGCUGCAACUCAGACCUUGGCAUGCGAGAG